AUGGACAACGUAACCGACCCUGCUCUUCUCGCUGAGAUUCGCCACCUUCGCAACGACAUCGAUUUCAACAAGACGAUCCUCCGGAGUCUGCUUGACAAUCCUGGGGACAGGUCCGCGGACGAGGAAAUCAGAAAUGCAACAGAGAAAGAGCUGAGGAGGUUGCACAAAUAUAUUCAUGCUCUUCUACCAGCCCAGAAAAAGGAUUCCCGCCACGGUCUGCCUCUGAGGAAUUCAAACCACACUUCUGAAGGAUUGAGCGACCGGGGUCCCGUCAGUCGCCACUCACAAAAUGCCCAACAGCCCGAGUCUUCAGGCCAUCUUAUGCCUCCAUCCAACUACGAAGUAGGGAACCGCAAGCGCCACAGACAAGACAGCCUCGGCGAUCGCAGACAGGAAUCUUCCAAAUCUCGGCGAACAAGUCCGAGUCCUGGCUCACUUCGCACUGCCGCCCCCUCACCUGCCCCCUCCUCCGCUAGUCUAAGUAGUCUAGAGGAUGUGUUUGGAGACCCUCUCAGUGACGGGCUCUCGAAGGAGGCUGUUAAGCUGAAUCAGGAUUACUGGAAGAGACGGGAACACCAAUUACAACAGGAGGAAGACGAUGCCAGACUUGCCCUGCGGCUUUCACAGGAAUGGGCUGGCGAGACUGGCUCAGAUACAACGCAACCCAGCCUCUCACGUCCAUGGGGGUAUACUCAGUCCUUUUUGAAGUCGGAUGGCAGUCUAAAUCGACUUCCCACCAGCCAGCCUUCGUCCUCUCACGACAGUUCUCGAUCACUUCAACACACCCAGAGAGAUUCCGUUACUUACGACGCUCUGUCAUCGACCUCCGUCAGGCCAGCAGCGAAGGCCAUCAAAAACGACCCAGGCUUUGCCCUUCCAACAGCAAUACCUGGGGCUUUCCCGCACUUGGAAUCCUACAGCAAUGUCGGUGGAAGACAGGUGUACCAGUCCGAGCUCUCUACGCCUGAUCAUCUAACAAUUUCCGAUUCCAGCGACGACGAUCUCCGAUCUUCCUCUUUACCAUCCCAGUCACGCCUACACUAUCCGGGCCCUUCAUUUACAAGUCUUCCUUCCCAGAACGCUCCUCUAAAUCCUUCUUUUUCGGCACCUUCUGCUUUAAACCCCCCUUUUCCAGGUCGAUCUUACCCGAGCUCCUUUGGGUAUUCACCAUACGGAUAUCAAGAUGAGGCUCAAACUCAGGAACAAUUGGAAGAGCUUCUGCAGCAUAUCAGGCCUGAUGAAGAGCUCACGGUGGAUCAAAUGCCGAAGGAGCCACCUGGGCUUAAGGUAAAACUUAUGCCUCAUCAGCUCAGCGGCCUUGCAUGGAUGAAGCGAAUGGAAGAAGGCACCAACAAAGGUGGUAUUCUAGCUGAUGAUAUGGGACUUGGCAAGACAUUACAGAGCAUCGCAUUGAUGCUGGAGCGCCCGCCUCCCGCAGACAAACCCUACCCUACCCUUGUCGUGGCACCUGUGGCACUGAUGCAUCAAUGGAAGCGAGAAAUCGAAAAGAUGGUUCUACCGCGAGCUCGUCUGAAUGUCCAUAUCCUACAUGGAGACGGUCGCAAAACCACGUGGUCCGCGCUCAGAGCCUACGACGUAGUUCUGACUACGUACGGACUUCUUACCUCGGAGCUGAAACGUAAAAAUGCUCUGGAUGAAAAGGUCAAGAAAUUGAAGGAUUGGAAACCGUCGGUUGCUGAGGAUUGCCCGAUCCUUGGAGACAGGUCCCAGUUCCACCGGGUGAUUCUCGACGAGGCACAAAACAUAAAGAACAGAAAUGCAAAGUCAGCCCUUGCCGCGUGUCGCAUCCGAGCCGAGUAUCGCUGGGCUCUUACUGGGACGCCAAUGCAAAAUUCUACUGAAGAAAUCUUCAGCCUCAUCCGGUUCACUCGAAUUCGACCCUAUAACAAUUGGGAGAAAUUUAGGUCUACCAUUGUACGUCCGCUCAAAAGCAGGUACGAUCCUGCAAAGGAAACAGCCAUGAUAACACUACAAGCUCUCCUGCGGGCUAUCCUUCUGAGGCGAACCAAGCACUCGAAGAUACAUGAUCAACCAAUUAUCCAGCUCCCCCCUAAAGAGACUAGGGAGGAACGAGUCAUCUUCGACCAAGAUCAGCUUGAAUUCUACAAAGCCCUAGAGACGCGUGCUCAAAUUCAAGUGAACAAAUACCUGCAGAAAGGAACCCUCGGCCGAAACUACUCUCACGCAUUAGUACUGCUCCUUCGGCUCCGGCAGGCCUGCUGUCACCCGACCCUUGUCAUUGCAAGCAAAGACUUCAUUCAACUUCCAGGUGGGGAGCUGGAUACGGAUGCGCUGCUUCGUAAUGCAGAACAGCUGGAUGGAAAGGUGGUCGAACGACUGAAGGCAAUAGAUGCUUAUGAAUGCCCGAUCUGCUUUGAUGUCACAGAAAACCCAGUGGUGUUCUUUUGUGGGCAUGCUAUUUGUGGAGACUGUCUCAAUCAGCUCGUAGAGCAAGCCACCAACGAUAACAACGGCGCGCCUCCGGGUUGCCCUCAUUGUAGGGCAAGGAUUGACGUUAACAACGUCACGGACUACGUCAGUUUCCUCCGCGUCCACUGUCCAGAACGAGUGGAAGCGGAAAAGCUGGAGAAUUGUACUCCUGCCUCUGACUCUGACUCCGACGUCGACGACUCCAGCAGCGAUGACUCGGACGAAGGCGACGACCUCGGCGGUUUCAUCGUGUUCGAUGAUGUUGCUGACGACUCCAAUGAUGAAUCAGAGAAGCAGGCGAAGAAAAAAUCGCCCCGACCCAAAUCCAAGGAAGGGAAGGGAAAGUCCCGCUCAGGAUCAAGGCCAAGAGCCAAAGAACCACCAAAGAGUCUCGCACAACUUCGGAAAGAAGGUUUGCGCAGCAAAGCCGCCAAACGAAAGUAUUUGAAACGACUCCAGAAGAAUUUCCACCCGUCCGCGAAAAUCACGCGUACUAUUGAGUUGUUGGAAGAAAUCAGAGAUAACGGACAGAACGAAAAGACCAUCAUCUUCUCCAACUUCACAUCGUUUCUCGAUCUGGUAGAGCUGCCUCUGUGGAAACACGAAGAUUUCCGCAAGUACGUCCGUUACGACGGUUCUAUGAGCGCUAAGGACCGCAACGACGCAGUCCUUGAGUUCACCGACAACCCCAACUGCAAAGUGAUCUUGAUCAGUUUGAAAGCAGGCAAUGCAGGCUUGAACUUGACCGUGGCAAAUCAUGUUAUCAUGCUUGAUCCGUUCUGGAAUCCAUUCGUUGAGUACCAAGCUGCGGACCGAUGUUAUCGGAUUGGCCAAGAGAAAGUCGUGACUAUUCAUCGAGUCCUCAUUGGUGAAGGCGACUCCAAAGGGCCUUCUGACCCUGCAGGAUUCACGGUUGAAGAUCGUAUUUUGCAGCUUCAAGAGCGGAAACGGGAGCUCGUUGAAACUGCCCUCGAUGAAUCAGCUGGUCGUGAGGUGUCGAGACUGGGUGUGCGGGAGUUGGGCUAUCUCUUCGGCCUCAACGGCAUCUAA